CUUUAUCGAAUGAUGGAAAACACUGAAGCCCAGCAGCAUUUGACGGGUCUGCCCCCACUGCCAAAAAGUUUGAGUGCAGCUGCAGCUGCUCCCGUUGCUGUUUCCGUAUCCGCUUCCUCGCAUUCGCGCACUGCAUCGCCAGCUUCUAACGUGGCUGCCUUGACCGCUGCCGCCGGUGAACUCUACUUGGGCCCAUCCACCUCGUCAGCGGCCAGGAAUCGCAGUUACAACGGACACAACCACAGCCAGCGGCAUGGCAGCCUCUCAUCCACACAGGAGUCGCUCAGCGAUCGCGAAUCUGUGCACAGUCGCGCCUCGUCUACUCAUAGUGCGGGUGCAGGCCACACGCCCACCAACAGCUCAAGCAGUACAGGUGCCACCUCGUCAACCAUCGACAACCAGCUGGCUAUUCUGCGCCGCGAGAUGUAUGGCCUGCGCCAACUGGAUCUGUCGCUAUUGUCGCAGCUUUGGGCUCUGAAUGAGUCGAUACAGGGAUUUCGGGUGUUUCUGCAAGAGCAGGAUGCCCUGUCGCCGCCGUCGCGAUCACGCACGCCAUCGGAUGCUAAUUCGCUGUCGUCCGACGAAGAGGACGAUGGAUCCUAUGCGCCAGUAACGGGAACCAAGCUAAUGGAAGCGCCUGGAGGCCCGGGACCUGGAGCGGCUGGAUCCAGAACCAUAGCUUCGCCGGCAGCUAGCGGAGGACUACCUACGAAACUAGCAACGGGAUCGACCACUUCUCAUGCUUCGACCAGCUCAAAUUCUGGAACCUCAGGCUCCUCUUCGGCUGCCUCCUCGAUGGGCAAGCAUCAGCAACAACAACAGCAGCAGCAAACUGGCCAUUACAACCAGAGACCAGCUCCACCACCCGCACCACCAGCCCAGCACAAGGCGCAUCCGCAGCUACCGAGGAUCCUGCAGCAGCGGAUGAGACAGGCACCGCCCCCGCCGCCACCCACACGGCCCAAAGGAAGCGGAGGUGGCGGAGCCAGCACGAGCAGCAGCAACCACAGUAUCAGCAGUGUCACCCAGCCACAGUCUCACCCACACCAACAUCCCCAUUCACACGCCCACCACUCGCGCCCCGUAUGACAAAACCCGUUCUUGGACUAAGCCCAGUUCAAGAACAGAAGAUUCACGUCAGCAGAAAAUUGGAAAAUAGCAGCCGCUGCCAAUACUUCGGAAAGGGUCAAUUAGACGACAUUUCUUCAAGAGUCAAUUCAAAUUCAAGUGCAGAAAACUCACUCACUCCACCACUCAUUUCAUGAAGCUUGCCAUGCUCCUCCAUUUCGUUCGUUCUUGGUGUCGAAACAUAAGGAAAACAAAAAUGUUUAUACAAGUUUUUGGAAAACAAUGAAAAAUGUAUUUAAAUGUAA